AAUUAGACCAGGGGGAGUGUUUUUAGUAUUCAAUAGUACAGAAACAGAGCAGAGGUAUUUAGUAUUUACUACUAUUAAGCCACUGCCCGUCACAACUCGCAAUCUCCAUUUCCCUUCUUUAAUCGUAUAAAAAAAAACAUUAAAUAAUUUUGCUCUCUCAAUAAAUCAAACCCCAAUUAUCCGUUCAUAGCCUUCCAAACCAGAGAUCAAAACCAUGCCAACCAUCGGCGUCUUCCCCGCCUCAGGCGGCCUCGGCACCAGCACUUACACCCAUCUCUUCAACAAAGUGUCCCCUUCCAACACCGUCCUCAUCAGCCGCCACCCAGACAAGACUCCCCAUAUCUACCAAGGCCAGGGCGUCCAGCUUCGUCAAGCUUCAUACGAGGCAUCGCCUUCAGAGCUAGAAGCCGCCUUUAAAGACAUCGACGUCCUGUUCCUCAUAUCCUACCCCAGCCAUGUCCACGAGUACCGCACAUCACUGCAAAUUCCAGCUCUUGAUGCCGCUUACAGAGCCGGCGUCAAGCAUAUCUUCUACUCGUCCCUCGCUUUUGCCCUGCCAGACAAGGAUGCCACGCUCGCAGAGGUAAUGGGUGCCCACCUCGACUCGGAGGCGCAUCUGCGCAAAUUAGCUGCCUUGGAUCCUGGUUUCUCCUGGACUGCCAUCCGUGAGGGUCUCUACCAUGAGUCAUUCCCCAUUUAUACCGCUUUCCUGGAUCUGAAUGAUCCGGCGACCACUGAAAUCCGUAUUCCCCACGAUGGCUCUGGUCCUGGUAUAAGUUGGGCGAAGCGAGAUGAGCUGGGCGAAGCCUCGGCAAAUCUGAUUGCUCAGUACGUUCAGGACCCAACCGCUUUCUCCUGGAAGAACAGGCUUAUAGCCCUGACCGGACCUCGUGAAUGGUCUCUCGCUGAUACCGUCAAAUUCCUCUCCACUGUGGCUGGGAGAGAUUUGCAAAUUCGGGACGUUACUGUGGAUGAAUAUGCCACGCAGCCGCAGGUCGUUGCAAAGUUUGGAUCUAAACCUCUUGCACAGACUUGGGCAACUGCGUGGGAUGCCAUUCGUGCUGGAGAGGCAUCCUAUGUAUCGUCUUCUUUGGAGCAGUUGCUGGGGCGUCGGCCAGAGGAAUUCGAUGUCACCAUCAAGAACCUCUAUAAAGUGAGUAAAGAAUAAUUUUGAAGCUGGCAUGGCGUGAGUGAGUGAAGUGCUCCUGCUUCGCAGUACCAGCUUGUAUAAUAAGAUAUCAAAGGCGGAAUAACUGCAAGUAAAAUGAUAUCGUCAGUACCUUCUUACUCUACAUUGUCACCAUCUCUCAAAACACUGUGCAAUUUUUGUCAUGUUAUAAAUCCGAUUUGAUA